CUCUUUCUGAAAGAACCGGAACGAUCAGCUGCCGCGCAUCACGUGACCAGAGCCACUCGCGGGCAGCAACAUGCUGGGGCUGACCGGCAGCUGGGUCUCCCUGUCGCUUCUCUGGCUGCUGGGCGCCUUGACCGGCGCCGACCCAGCGGGCUAUCGGAGGAAGGUCUCGCUAGACUACAACCCCGGCUUGAACAGCUCCUCCGUCAACCUCCUACACAUCCGUGCUGUGGGUCAGAAUGACACCCUCCAUUACGUCUGGAGCACCAUCGGGGCGCCCACCGUGCUGCUCGUACACACAGCCAGCGGGAGCAGUGCUCUCCGGGUCAACUGGACCAAGCUCCUCUCCCCCUCGCCCUCGGGAGCGAUCCGGGUUGAGCCUGCCCACAGCAUCCUGUACUCCAAGGCCGUGGUCUUCACCAAGGUGUUUGAAUUCAACGGGACCAACUCAUCGGAUCUCUCCAAAGCCCGGGAGGGUCAUUUCUACCCAACCUACGAUUUGGCCAACUUCACUUGGGACAGCCUUGACAGCACGAUGAAUGAGACCACCCUGACGGCGACGUUCCGGGGCGUCGGCUCAGACCCGCAAGGAACUUUCAGGAACGGCAGCCUCUCUUUCCGGGUGACGGCUUAUGAAGAGAGCCGCCGCGACGACCCCCUCCCACGCCUCUUGCACACAGCGAACAGCUCCAAGGUGGAGUUCAUCCUGCACAAGGUCUCUCCGAGGGGCAACCACUCUCGCUUUGCGCUGGAGAUCCUCACGGUGGAAGAGGGAGGCAGACAGCAACGCUUGGAGUCCAUCCGCUCCAUUGAUGACGAGUAUACGCCGACGAUAUUCGAGAUGGCCCAGCUGGUUUCCAUACCGUUGAACCACAGCCCUGGGUCAAGCUUCCUCCAGUGGAAGACGGCCGCGUACAGCUCCUGGGAUGCCAAGCGCGAGGACACAGUUCAUUGCCAAUACUACCCGCUGCAGACAGAAAACCGCACAGUUCCUCAGUCUAGCAUUGCGCACGCCUACUUCGACGAGCUCAGAAGCGGCCAUGGUGUGGCAGCCAUCAAUAUUUCUUUUGGAAGUGAAGACCAAGAGGCUUAUGAAGAAAAGGGCUACAUACGCUGGUCUGCGCUGAUUGGCUUUGGCAAGCCCCCCCAGGAAAUGUUUUCUCCGCUCGUGAUCGCCAUCCUGGCAGUGGCGCUAGGGACCCCGGUGGUGCUCCUGGUGGGCGGAAGCGUCGCCGCACUGCUGAAACGGACGAAGCAGAGUUCAGAGUAUGAGCCCAUCAACUGAUCAGCAGGGGGCAACGUAUCCUGGGCUGCGUGACCAAAGAGCUUGCUGGCUCAAGCCUGUGGCUGACUCCCCCGGGGGCACCCGAUUGCAGCUGUGUCUGGGGUGUGUUAACUUUAGAUUUGCGGUGGCUGAACUGUUUCCAGUCGGUGGGGAUCUCCCACUCUCCUCCUUUGCCUUCUGUGGUGCUGACUUGGAGAGGUUGAUCGUCUUGUCUUGAGAGCAGUAGCGUAUUGCAGAGGGGGAGGAAGAGAGCAUCUUGCUCUUCGCCUGCCCUGCCUUGACAUUUCCCCCCCUCCUAGCACUGCAACGCGACUUGGAAAUGAUCCCAGCUCUGUGGAGUCCCCUGCCCCACCACCACCAUGCAUGGAGCACAAUUCUGAAUACCAGGGAUGCUCCUGUCAAAAGUCGAGGUCAGGAAUUUCCUAGCCUGUGGACCUCCCGGAUGUUGCUGAACUACAACUCCCAUCACCCCCAGCCAGUGUUCCCCCUAAUGCAAGGAUUCUCAACCUUGAGUCCCCAGAUGUUAUUGGACUUCAACUCCCAUAAUCCCCAGCCCCAAUGGCCUUUGAUUGGGGAUUCUGGAAGUCCAUCAGCAUCUGGGGACCCAAGGUUGAGAACCCCUGCUCUAAUUGGGGGUUCCCAGAUGUUGUGGACUACAACUCCCAGAAACCCCAGCUGCAAUGGCUUUUGCUUGGGGAUUAUGGGAGUUGUAGUCUACAACAUCUGGGAAUCCCUGCUAGAGGGAACACCAGCUGAUGGAAGUUGUAGUUCAGCCACAGGUUGGAAAGCCCUGUUCUAGACUGUAUGCUCCUCGGGGCAGGGACCUUUUGUUCUGCUCAAAGAGCCAUUUCUUUGAUUUAGAGAGUGGAGCUUGCCCAAGAAUCUGUGCUUUCCUCCUCAAUGCCAUGUUCCCCUGCCCCCCCACCUGGAGAGAAGCCUUGGUCCCAAAGGAAAAUGAAUGAGCCUUGCUCUCUUUGCACAGAAAUUCAAUUUAAAAUAUCAGAAAGAAUCUCUCUACCGUUUUGCCAGUCCACAGAAAGUGCUGUUUUUAAGAGUGUGUGGGGUUUUGUGGGGGUUGGGUUUUAUUUUUUGCUGCUUUCCUCCCUUGCCCCCCCCCAACCCUGGGACUCAAGUUGCUUUUAAGAUGCUGUCUUUUAAACUAUAUUUUCAUUCAAUCCUCACCACUCAGACUCCUCCUCCUCCUCCCAAGAUAAGUUUUGUUUUUUAAUUCUGUGACAUUUCUGUCUCCAACGCAAUCGGUUACAUUUGUGGAAAAUCGGGUUUUAAUGCCCUGUGGUUGCCAACUCCUCUUCUGACCAAGUUUCCUGUGCCAUAGUGAAACCAUUUCCUAACCUUACACUUUGGGGAUGGUGAUCUCUGCAGCAGUUCCUCUAGCUGUGAAUGACCUACUUUUUUUUAAAGUGGCAUCACUUAGAUUUUUCCCCACCAUGUAGCUUGCCAAAGGCAUAGGAGCACUGGUUGGGGAAGGAGCUGGCACCACUGGUUCUAAAGGGCAAACCACUAGUUGUGGUGUUUACAGGCUGCUGACCACCAAAAGAAAAAAGGGGAAAAGAUGCAAUUGCACUAUUGAUUGACUGUGGGGGGAAAUGUACUUUUCUCCUUAGAACUUAGUUUCCAGUUCUCAUGUAUCCGCCUCACUGUAAAUAAAUUGGUUAUCUGUGCCUCUCCCCUGUCAGUGGGGAAGGUGGAUGUGGAGUUGUGUCAAAUCUAGGACCUGGUCACCUAGACUGUGGUCCUCUGGAUUUUGCUGAACUACAACUCCCAUCAUCCCUAAUAAAUUGUUGCUGGGGCUGAUGGGAGUUGGGGAAUCUAAACCUAGAAGAAUUCAGCCACAUCAGGGUUAGAUCAUCUGUACCUUAAUGAGGUCCGGCCAGAUGCCCAAGCUUGCUGGUGCUGGCGGCUGCCACGUUUCUGUUCCUUGAGGGAGGCCACCUGGCAGUGUUCCCUGUAACAUGGGAUCCCAGCUGGUGUUGACUACAACUCCCAGCAUCCCCAGCCAAAGACCAUUGCAGCUGAGGAGGCUGGGAGAUGUAGUCAACAACAGCUGGGAUUCCACGUUACAGCAAAUACUGGCACCUGGCAUCUUGGCACCCAUGGGAUGCUCACCGUGACUACAACUCCCAGAAUUCCCAGCUGCACUGGCCAUUGGCUGGGGAUUCUGGGAGUUGAGGUCAACAACAGGAGGGAAUCCCUGUAACAGGGAACACUCACCUUGACCCAGGAGAGCAGGGCUGAAUAAUGUGAGCUCUUCUGCUUUUGGACUACGGCUCCCAGAAUCCCCAGUGGCCAAGAGUCAGGGGUGAUGGGCCAAAAUUGUGCAUUAAUUCUGCACUGGAACAGGGGUCUCUGGGCUGUAGUGCUCCAGAAGUUGCUGAACCACACCUCCCAGCAGCUCUGGCCACAACUGAUUGGUGACCCCUGUGUGAGAGGAACUGCCUGCCUCUCAAGAUAGCAUCGGAACGGUGCGAAUAUCGUUUCCUUUCCGAAGCGGGCUGGUUCGGGUCUCAAUCUUUCUUUUCCGAUACUUGGUAUUGUAACGCAGUCAACUGACCUUCCACUUUGUGAGGGUUUCUGUAAGGGGGGCUGAGAGAUGUUCUCCCUCACCCCACCGUUUGCUGUUCUUGGACCAAUUAAAGAGAGUUUUUAUUUUCA